AUGGCGGCAACUCCAUCACCUAUUGCACAAUUUCCGCCUCCUCCUCCUAAUUAUCCGCCUAAUUAUCCCCCCUACCCCCCUAUGCCGAAUAUGCAGACUCAGACUCCCCAUAAGCAAGAGAGUCCUCCACAAACUCAUCGGGUACUAGAGUUGGCAUUGAAUAAAAGAAGAAAAACUCAGAUGGUAGUUGGGAUAGAUUUUGGAACGACAGAAAGUGGAUUUGCUUUUUGUCCUCGACCUAUGAACAAUGAACAAAUAAAUAUUAACAAUAUCGAGACAAAUUCUACAUGGCCUGGACGUUAUGGACAAUUCAAGACGAAUACUGCAUUAGAGUAUGACAGUAAUUGGAAUGUCACAAAUUGGGGUUAUCCAGCGUUAUCACAAAAACCAGUUUUGAAAAAUAAAGGUCAAGAUCAAGUAAAGGAUAAAAAACCGGUAGAAUUGUUUAAAUUACAUUUAGGUGAUAUCCCGGAAGAUGAGAAGCCAAUUUUACCGGCCGGAUUAAGUUAUCAGAAAGCAAUCACGGAUUAUCUUCGUGAGCUUGGAAAAAUGAUCAAAGCCAGAUUGGAGCAAAAUUGGCCAAAUCUUGAUUUCUACAAAGAUGUGGAAAUUGUAAUAACUGUACCUGCGGAAUUCAUUGAAAACACAAAAUCUGUUAUGCGAAAAUGUGCUUUUGAAGCGGGAUUAAUAAAUAAUCAACAUUCAGAAAAUUUAACAUUCACCACAGAACCGGAAGCAGCAGCCAUUUAUUGUCUACAUUACGUUAACAACUACCACUUAAGGGAUAACGAACCGUAUAUGAUCGUGGAUUGUGGAGGUGGUACAGUAGAUUUAACAACAAGAAUAUUAUUGCCAGGAAGACAGAUUGGUGAAGUUACGAUGCGUACAGGGGGUUAUUGUGGGAGCACUUAUGUUGAUAGGGAAUUCUUAAAAUUUUUGGCCCGAAAAAUUGGAAUAGCAACAGUUCGUAGUCUACAAGAUAAUCACUACAAUCAGCUACAAUAUUUGAUUCAAGAUUUCUUCGUGCGACAAAUAAAAAUAGCAUUUACGGGUAAUCGGCAGGAUUACACAACAAAAUAUUUGGAUAUUGACGAGUACUGUCCCGCCUCGUUACAAUAUGUCACCUCACAACUGCGACCGCAGCUAGAACAGGAUCAAUGGCGAAUUCCGCUUGAUUUUGAUGCCGUAGAAUCAAUGUUCCGGCCGGUUGUGGAUGGCAUCAUCUCGUUGAUCCAGAAACAGAUUGAUGCUUCACCAGUUAGAUGUCAGGCGAUAUUUUUAUGUGGUGGCUUCGGGGAAUCACCGUAUUUGUUAAAAAAAGUGAAGGAAAGAUUUGAAUCGCCAUCAACGAUGAUUUGUGCACCGCAUCAGGCUGUUACCGCUAUCGUUCGUGGUGCUGUUUUAGUAAGCAUUAAUGAGAGUUCUGUGAAAUCACGUGUAUUAAAAUGGACAUACGGCAUAGAAUGUUACAGACAAUGGGACCGAAACAAAGAUAGUCUUUCACGUAGAGAACCAGAUGGCCGCGUAAGAGCAUUCGACAAAUUAGCAACGUGUGGAGAUAAAGUAGACGUCAAUCAAGAAUUCAAAAAUAAGUAUUCUACAAAUCAUCCUAACCAGACGCGUGUCUCGUUUCCUGUAUAUACUACAAGUAAUGAAAAUGAGUUAUACUGUGAUGGGUUGACACGGUUGGGACUAUUGGAGAUAGAUAUUCCACUAGAUCCUCAAAGACGAAAACAAGAUAUAGAAUUUUCUUUAUUUUUUGGGCAAAUGGAGAUUCAAGCAACGGCACGUGUUCUGCGAACAAAUCAGAUGUGUCAUACUACGCUUAGAUUCGAUCAGGAUUAA